AUGUUAACGGAAGUAGACAACAUUUUAACACUCGGUUUAACAGAUCUUGCAUUUUAUGCCAUAGUUUUGAAAAGUGAAGCAUUUGAUAUUGCAAAAAAUUGUAGUUUUGAAAACUUUGAUAGAACUAUUAUUAUUGGAGACACAAAACUUAAUCAUUCUUGUCGCAAUGGACGCCAGGCUUUAAAAGAUACACAAUUUGUCGGAUUUAAAAUCACAGAUGAAGACAUUGGGGUUCUUUUUGAAUAUGCAAUCCCGUUUAUUACAAUAAUAACAAGAAGAGGUGAAACUGCUGGUCAACCUUUUUUAAAUGUUAAUUUAGGAGCGGUGUUCACUGGUGUGAUCAUCACAAUUGUUGGAAGUCUCUUCAGUGGAUUCACAAGAUUCCUUCGAGGAGAAAAAGUUUUCAGCAGUAAAACAUUCUUCAGAAGUAAAAAGAACAAGAUUCCUCUAGGACGAAAUUUCGAUUAUGAUUUUGAUGAAAGGAUAUGGGAAACGUUUAACCAUAUGGAUGAAGAACUAAUGAAUAUUGAUAUCGAUGUAGUUUCUUGUAGUCAAAGAGCAAUGUGCGAUUAUAUCAAAAGUAGUCUAAGAAGCAAUGAGAGUAGCCAUGGUUUUGAAAAGUUAAUUGCCGGAAUUAUUAACACAAAAUUUGUUGAUCGAUUCAUUAAUCAUAAAUAUUUGAUGAAUCCCAUUGAAGUAGCCAGAAGUAAAUCCUACUGUGAAACUUCAUUCAGUAGCUGCAGACUGCAAGAAGGAAAUAAGAAUAAUCUAAUUAGAAAAAUUCAACGAUAUGUGAAACCUAAAAAAUGUACACGCGCAAAGAGAUUUGGAUCAAAAAACCCUAGUUUUGAAAACUUUGAUAGAAAUGUUGUUAUUGGAGAUACACAACUUGAUCAUUCUUAUCGGAAUGGACGCCAGGCUUUGAAAGAUACGCAAUUCAUUUCUUUUAAAAUCACAGAUGAUGACCUUCCGGUUCUUUUUGAAUUUGCUGUCCCAUUUUUAUCAGUACCAACAAGAAGAGGUGAAACUGGCGGUCAACCUUUUGUAAAUAUUAAUUUAGCAGCGAUCUUCACUGGUGUGAUCGUCACAAUUAUUGGAAGUUUCAUUGGUGGAUUCACAAGAUUCCUUCGAGGAGAAAAGCUUUUCAGUAAUAAAUCAUUCUUCAGGAGUAAAAAUAAAAUUCCUCUAGGACGAAAUUACGAUUAUGAUUUUGAUGAAAGGAUAUGGGAAAUGUUUAACCAUAUGGAUGAAGAACUAAUGAAUAUUGAUAUCGAUGUAAUUUCUUGUAGUCAACGAGCAAUGUGCGAUUAUAUCAAAAAUAGUCUAAGAAACAAUGAGAAUAGCCAUGGUUUUGAUAAGUUAAUCGCCGGAAUUAUUAACACAAAAUUGGUUGAUCGAUUCAUUAAUCAUAAAUAUUUAAUGAAUCCCAUUGAAGUAGCCAGAAGUCAAUCCAACUGUGAAAUUUCAUUCAGUAAGUGCAGACUGCAAGAAGGAAAUAAGAAUAAUAUAAUCAGAAAAAUCCAACAAUUUGUGAAACCUAAAAAUACCACACGCGGAAAGAGACAAACAUGGUUUCAUAAUCCAACAAUGUAA